AUGUCAUUGUUUAAAGGGCUCAGAAAGCUUGCACAGAGUACAACACAGUUGAAAGCUAGGAAAGCUACCGAUUCCGACGAAAUCAAUGGUGCUACGGGAGCUUUGAUGAAUGAAUUGAGUGUUUUGACAUAUAGUGACAAAAGUGCUAAUGAAAUUUACGAUGUCAUUAGGAAGAGAUUAAUAAAUGGUAGCUCCCGAUUGAAAAAUAGCCAUGAGAGUGUGGUACAGGUCUUGAAAACAUUAACACUUAUUCAAUACUUGCUAGAUAAUGGGUCGGAAGAUUUCGUCAACUGGAUGAAACGACAUUUAGCGUACAUUGAAACCCUAAAGGACUAUCACGGAUACGAGAAUAGAGACCUGUCGAAGGUAAGACAAAUACGAGCUCUUAGUCAGGAUAUCGCUCGGAGUUUGAAAGAAGGCGAGAUACUUGAAAAGAGAAGAUCAGAUAUUGUGAUGUUUAGAUCCAGUAUGUCAACUCCGGGGAGAAAGUCUACAGACAACAGUCAUUUAAGUAAUCAGUUCCGAGUGAAUUCUGCUCCAGAUGAGGAAAUAUUGCAUCAGAUUGAUCCAGGUCUACAAACGAGAUCAUUAGAUCUCCAGAGAAGAAAAUCAUCGAGGUACAGUUAUGACAGACUACGAUAUUUGUCCACCUUAAAGGAAGAAGAUGAUACGAUGUAA